AGCUGAUUUUGAUGAUUCUGCUACUUACUCAGCAGUUGCAACAAAUGUCCAUGGGCAGGCAUCAACUAAUUGUGCUGUGAUUGUGCGAAGGUUCAGAGAGGAUGAAGAGCCUCAUCCAGCUGGGAUAAUGCCCUUUCACUUGCCCCUGUCAUAUGACGUUUUCUUCACCCAUAUUGAUGUCCAGUUUCUGGAGAAGUUUGGAGUCACCUUUGCAACUGAAGGUGAAACACUGACCCUGAAGUGUUCUAUGUUGAUCACCCCAGACCUGAAAAGACUACAGCCUCGUGCUGAGUGGUACAGAGAUGACGUGCUGAUAAAGGACUCCAAGUGGACAAAACUGUAUUUUGCAGAAGGCCAGGCAGCUCUUUCCUUCACCCAUCUGAACAAAGAUGAUGAAGGUUUAUACACCCUGCGCAUGGUGACAAGAGGUGGAGUGAGUGAAUACAGUGCAUACCUGUUUGUCCGAGAUGCUGAUGCACUGAUCGCAGGAGCACCUGGUGCACCCAUGGAUGUUAAAUGCCAUGAUGCUAACAGAGACUAUGUUAUUGUUACCUGGAAACCACCAAACACCAUCAGUGAAAGCCCCGUCAUUGGAUAUUUUGUUGACAAAUGUGAAGUAGGUUUGGAAAACUGGGUCCAGUGCAAUGAUGCUCCUGUCAAAAUCUGCAAGUAUCCUGUAACUGGUCUUCAGGAGGGACGGUCUUACAUCUUCCGUGUGAGAGCGGUGAACAGCGCUGGCAUCAGCAGGCCUUCUCGAGCCUCUGAACCAGUUGCAGCUCUUGACCCCGCUGACCAGGAGAGAACACAAACUAUUCAUGUGGAUGAAGGGCGAAAGAUUGUGAUCAGCAAAGAUGACCUUGAAGGCGAUAUUCAGAUUCCAGGCCCUCCCACCAAUGUACAUGCUUCAGAAAUCAGCAAAACAUAUGUUGUGCUCAGCUGGGAUCCACCUGUUCCUCGUGGCAGGGAGCCACUGACGUAUUUCAUUGAGAAGUCCAUGGUUGGCAGUGGAAGCUGGCAAAGAGUCAAUGCACAGGUUGCAGUGAAAUCUCCUCGCUAUGCAGUGUUUGACCUAACGGAAGGGAAACCGUAUGUUUUCCGAGUCUUGUCAGCAAACAAGCAUGGCAUCAGUGAUCCCUCUGAAACAACAGCACCUAUUGAACCACACGAUACUGUUG